AUGGCCUCCCGCACCGCUUCCAGGGCCCUCCGCGCCUCCGCCAGGCAAUUGGCCGCUCCUGCCGUCCAGCGCCGCACCUUCGUGUCUGCUCUCAAUGCUGCCACCAAGGGCGCCGUCGCCGCUGCCCCCCGCGCGGCUGUCUCCAUGCCCAAGCAGCAGACCCGUGGCAUGAAGACCAUUGACUUCGCUGGCACCAAGGAGGUCGUCUACGAGCGUGAUGACUGGCCGAGGGAGAAGCUCCACGACUACUUCAAGAACGACACCCUCGCCCUCAUUGGCUACGGCUCUCAGGGCCACGGUCAGGGUCUCAACCUCCGUGACAACGGCCUGAACGUCAUCAUUGGUGUUCGCAAGAACGGCGCUUCGUGGAAGGAGGCCCAGCAGGAUGGCUGGGUUCCCGGCAAGAACCUCUUCGAGGUCGAUGAGGCCAUCUCCCGUGGUACCAUCAUCAUGAACCUGCUCUCCGAUGCCGCCCAGUCUGAGACCUGGCCCCACAUCAAGCCCCAGCUCACCAAGGGCAAGACCCUCUACUUCUCCCACGGCUUCUCUCCCGUCUUCAAGGACCUGACCAAGGUCGAGGUCCCCACCGACAUUGAUGUCAUCCUCGUCGCCCCCAAGGGCUCCGGCCGCACUGUCCGCUCCCUCUUCAAGGAGGGCCGUGGUAUCAACUCGUCCGUUGCCGUCUACCAGGACGUGACCGGUAAGGCUGAGGAGAAGGCCGUUGCCCUCGGUGUUGCCGUCGGCUCCGGCUACCUCUACAAGACCACCUUCGAGAAGGAGGUCUACUCUGACCUCUACGGUGAGCGUGGCUGCCUGAUGGGCGGUAUCCACGGUAUGUUCCUCGCCCAGUACGAGGUUCUCCGCGAGCGCGGCCACAGCCCCAGCGAGGCUUUCAACGAGACCGUUGAGGAGGCCACCCAGAGCCUGUACCCGCUCAUCGGUGCCAACGGCAUGGACUACAUGUACGCUGCCUGCUCCACCACCGCCCGCCGUGGUGCUAUCGACUGGAGCAAGAGGUUCCAGGAGGCCCUCAAGCCCGUCUUCAACGACCUGUACGACUCCGUUGCCAACGGCAGCGAGACCCAGAGGUCGCUUGACUACAACGGCCGCGCCGACUACCGCGAGCUGUACGAGAAGGAGAUGCAGGAGAUCCGCGACCUCGAGAUCUGGAGGGCUGGCAAGGCCGUCCGUUCCCUCCGCCCCGAGAACAACUAA